ACCACCUGCGAAGAGAGACAUAACUUUGGCUGAACACCGUGUGUGAACGCUGUUUUGGUUUCGUAAACUUGCUAUUUUCAGACCUCAAGGAAAGAGUGUCUAUAUUGGAUCUCUGCUUCAUGCGCUCCCGCAGGGUAUACAAGGGUGUGUGUGACCUCUCCCUCUCUCCCCUGUGACCUCCGAACCCUAGUCGACCUCCUCCCCUCCCUUCCCCUCCCCUCUCCUCCCUGAGGCCAGACUGUGAUCCAUGGCGCUGAAGAAACUUCUGGGUUUUGGAAAGCAGUUGCUUAGGGUGAAGGUGGUGGACUGUAACACAGAGGAAUCCCGUCUGUCCCGAUGCCUCAACACUUUUGACCUGGUGGCCCUUGGCGUGGGUAGCACGUUGGGCGCGGGUGUCUACAUACUAUCUGGUGCCGUUGCACGGGAGAAUUCAGGUCCUGCUAUUGUGCUGUCUUUCUUGAUAGCAGCCUUAGCCUCAAUGUUGGCUGGUCUGUGCUAUGCUGAGUUUGGAGCUCGUGUUCCCAAGACAGGCUCAGCUUACCUUUACUCCUAUGUGACUGUAGGGGAACUCUGGGCCUUCAUCACUGGAUGGAACCUCAUCCUCUCCUAUAUCAUUGGUACCUCCAGUGUGGCCCGUGCAUGGAGCGCUACCUUUGACGAAUUAAUAGGGAAGCACAUAGAGCAGUUCUGCAGAGAGUACAUGUCCAUGAAGGCGCCGGGCGUAUUGGCAGAGUACCCUGACAUGUUUGCUGUUGUCAUCAUAUUCACCCUCACAGGUCUGCUGGCAUUCGGAGUCAAAGAGUCAGCGAUGGUGAACAAGAUUUUUACGUGCAUCAAUGUCCUAGUCUUGUUGUUCAUGGUGGCUUCUGGCCUUGUCAAAGGUACUUUGAAGAACUGGCAGAUAGACCCUGAAGAGAUCUUUCAUGCCAAUUAUACCAGUAACUCCAGCCUCAAUCUGACAGACAUCCUGCCGACUGCAGAAAGUUUAGGAGUGGGUGGCUUCAUGCCGUUUGGUUUCACAGGUGUCCUGUCGGGAGCUGCUACCUGCUUCUAUGCCUUUGUCGGAUUUGACUGCAUCGCCACCACAGGUGAAGAGGUGAAGAACCCCCAGAGAGCCAUCCCAAUCGGCAUCGUAUCCUCGCUUCUCAUCUGCUUUGUAGCAUACUUUGGCGUUUCUGCUGCCCUCACCCUCAUGAUGCCAUACUACCUGCUGGACAGCUACAGCCCACUGCCGGCAGCUUUUAAAUAUGUUGGCUGGGGAGGAGCCAAAUACGCUGUAGCUGUAGGCUCUCUUUGUGCUCUGUCUACUAGCCUGUUGGGUGCUAUGUUCCCUAUGCCCCGCGUGAUCUGGGCUAUGGCAGAUGAUGGGCUGCUUUUCAAGUUUAUGGCCGAGAUCAGCCCCCGCACCAAAACACCGCUAAUUGCAACCCUCAUCUCUGGCAUAGUGGCAGCUAUCAUGGCAUUUCUUUUUGACCUGAAGGACCUGGUGGACCUGAUGUCAAUAGGGACUCUGCUGGCCUACACAUUAGUGGCUGCCUGUGUCCUGGUGCUCAGGUACCAGCCUGAGCAGCCCAGCUUGGUGUAUCAGAUGGCCAAUACCCAGGAGGAGGUGGAGCUGAGUGAUGGCAUCAGUGUACCCAGUCUGGGAAUGCUGCCUGGUAUGGAGGAGAGGUUCAGCUUCACGGCCCUCUUGUUCCCACACAACCCUGAGCCAUCCACACUAUCUGGUUUCGCCGUCAACAUCUGUGCCUCUGUCAUGGGGGCGUUGAUUCUGAUGUUCAGUGUACUGGCAGUGCAGGGAGGCGCUGCUAUGUGGAACAUCAUAGCCCUUAGUGUCAUCUUCAUGGUGUGUCUCAUCCUCACUUUUAUCAUCUGGAGACAGCCUGAGAGCAAGACAAAACUUUCCUUCAAGGUUCCACUGCUACCCUUCAUUCCAGUGAUCAGCAUGUUUGUCAAUGUUUACCUGAUGAUGCAGCUGGACAGAGGCACUUGGAUACGAUUUUCUAUAUGGAUGGCUAUAGGUUUAGUUAUCUACUUCUGCUAUGGCAUUCAUCACAGCACUGAGGCUGCUAUGGCCCGCUCAUCUCCAGACACAGAGAUGAACGGCUUUAAGCGUGACCACAAUUCGGAGGCCAUAUCACCAGAAAAGGAGGCCUUCCUGCACUAUGGGAUCAAUGCAAGGGAAGAGGAUGAUGGAGAUUUGUAGUAAGCAGUAGAACAUGCAGCAUACAGUAUUUUAUAGAGUAUUUUUCACUGGACAAUUUCCAGUCCCAUAAUGGCAGUACUCCCUUUGGGAAAAGUAAUGAUAAAUAACUGUGACCUCAAAUUCACAAAUCUGUGACUUUCUUCCUUCACUGCUGGGUAGAACAACAUCAUUUCUGAAGCCAUAAUUGACAUGUUCUAUUAUUUCAGUAUUUUGUAAUAAGCUUGUUACCCCUUUUUGCUUGGCCUUGAGCUUGAACUGCUCGUUAUCACUUGGCUGUUUGAGGGGUAGGGCUCAUGUUGGGGACACGAAACAUGUCACUGUUUCAGGGAGGUUCAGAGAUACUGGGAGACCAUAUUUGUUUCUGUUCAUGAUGGGCCGACCAUAUUUGUUUGUCUUUAUGGUGGGCCGUAGUUACUACUUUUGAAGAGUGUCUGGGUUACGUUGCUGGCAGUAGGACUAUGUGCACAUGUGGUAUCGGCUUUUAUCUCAGUGCCAGAAAGUUCAAUAGUUAUACAUUUUUUUGUCUUUUUUAUGUUUAAACAUAAUAACUACUCUAUAUAUCUACAUAAUUUUGAAAAUUCGAUAACACAGUAUUAAAUACAGAUUGGUACCAAUAGCUACAUUCGCUUAAACCAACCAACUUUUAUGUAGCUGAUGUUGAAAUGCUGCUUUAACAGUCCUCCCUGACAAGUGAGUGCUUACAGCAGAAAUACUCUGCAACACACUUGGCUUGUCGAUGAUAUAAUUACCCUUGUUCACUAGCAGAAAAGGGUGGUCGGCCCAAUGGCUGCACAUCUGGCCCAGCAGGGAGCUAUAGCUCACAAUUUCCUUGAGUCCAAUUUUAAGCCCAAAAGAUUGCAUAGAUACCAUCUGAUGUACCAGGCUCUUUUACCUCUAUAAGGAAAGCCUGGCAUUUUGUGGUUAUCCAGUAUGGUAUGCCAUGCAUAUAUCUUAACAAGAAGCAGUUAUGAACCAUAGAUCUGGCUCCAAAUGAUAAUGGUGAAACUGCUGUAACAAGACAUUAAACAAUAAUCCUCUUUGACAGUUCCUUACUCACAGAUAGAGAGAUUCCAAGAAAAUGAAUGCAGAAAGCCUACCAGGAAUGUGUUAGUCAAACCAUGUGAUAGUAAUAGUUUGUUAACAGAUGCCUGAUUUUACAUCCUCUUCACAAUAAUAAUGGAAGUUGUAUAGAUACAAUCUUAUUUGGCAUAUUUAACACCGUUGGUAAAUAUAUUAAAUCUAAUAUUUGAAUCCUGAUACAUGUUGAACAUCAGGUGAAGAUGCUGCAAGUUGCUGUAUGUCAGUUAAUGUCAUGUAUUGUGGAUUUUCACAGUGUGGGCUGUUUUCUCUUUUUACAUCUGUAGCUUGUAACAUUUAGUUUGAUCAUGUGAAGCUUCCCUACAUGGACAUUUAUGUCCAUCAUUUGUUUUGUUGUCAUUAAAAUAUCUAAUGAUUUUAGAUAAAUUUUCUCUUUUCAUAUACAGAGUACCCUGACAAUUUGGGAUUGCAGUCCCAUUACAUUGUCAGACAUUUAAACUAAAAAUCGAUGCAGCAGAACCAGAGAUAUUUUAUUUGACUUAAGCAUUCUUCUUCCCUGUCAAAUCCUGGCACUUGCAUUUUUCCACAAUGCAAUGCAACUAUUGACUGUUUAAUUGGAGUUUUGGGUGUGUUAUGCUAGGGCAACUAAUGUAGCCUCGAGCUGCUACUAUGAAGCAGAGAUGAGGAGUAGGCUACAGAGGUCUGGUAAGCUUACUAUAUUUCUAACUUAUACCCCCCUUUUUUAUUUUAUUUUCAAACUCUAAAAAGUCUUCAGCUGACUCAAAUGACUUUUUAUACAGUAGUACUCACCUGUACAGACCAGGCUUUGGUGUGUAAUCGGUGUAGUUCCCUUAUAACAAAAGGUUUUCAACGCAGACCUAUGUACAUUCAUUGGGGUUUUGGGAGUCCUUUACAACAAAGUAGGCGGAGAAACGUGUAAUCAAGAUUGUGUGUAUAUAGAUAUUGUUUAUAUUUCUUGCAGUAAAUUAUUUGUAAAUUGGAGAAAUAUUAUGUUGCCCUGUUUGUGUCUAGCAUUGUGUUCCUUAUAUUGUGUUUACGUUGUCAGUGCAACUGAAACUUAAUCCUCAGGGUUGGCAAAAUCACUGCCAUGACCUUCAUUUGUCAUGUCUUCAACCAUGCCUUAUUAACAAAAAGUGAUAAAAGUCAUAAAACUAGAAAUAUGGGACACUGGCAUCACUGAGGCAGAAACAGUUUCAUUGGGGUCAUAGUGGACUGACAGUAAUGCAGUCUUUCACAGUAAAAGUAUGAUAUUAAUCUGUGUGAUUGAUCAUGUUACUACUACUAAGUAUAAUUUUUAUCAACAUGACUUUUCCAGGGGUUUUGGUAAUUUGUUAGUAACCGAGUUGAAUUGUUACACUAAGCAGCAAUUAUACUUAAAUUCAGCAAUAUCUACUUGUUUGAUCAUUCUUUAUAAACACAUUCACAAACUUGCAGUUUCACUGAUCAGUAAACGCACAUGAAAAAUCUCAUUGCCCAUAAUUGUAUUUGUUUCAAAGAAAUGUAUCUAUGCACAGUAUAGAAAUAUAACAACAAUUCAAAAGAUCUGUGUUAUAUUGUUGUCAAUUAUUUGUUUUUUUUAUUCCUCAUGAAAGGUAUAUUUGAUUUUCUGUUGAAUCAGUACAAAGGGAUUCAUGUGAAUUUGAAAAUCUAUCUUCUGGCAUAUUAAGUACUUGUUAUUCCUUCAUGUCAUGCCAAACCUCAGUGUUUACUUCUGCAAUAAAAUACUGAAAUACUAUGUAUGUACACAUAUAAAUAGAUUUAAAAAUUGCUUCUUUCUUUCUCCUUUGACGCUGCUAUAUACUCACCUUACCUUGGCUUUUGAUGUUUCAAAUCCAUCACCACUGUUGAUGACCAGCUGCUUCAUGUUUAUGUAAUUUUGCUGUUAUUACAUCACUUCCUCAGAACUUUUCUUUCUGUGGCAUUUUGCUUACCUUUUUCUUGGUUGGCUUAAAAACUAUGUGUAAAUGUUGACAAAGCACAAGAACACUGUCACUCAUCAUCAAUGAUUUCUCCUUUUGUUAUUCAUCACUGUGAUUCAGUUUCACCUCAGUCAACUGAAGACGAGCAUCGUUUUCCUCUUGCUGUGGUUACGCAGAAAAGUACACCUUUUUAAGAACAUGACUUCAUUGUCCUGUCCAUGUGGUUGUUAACUAAAUGUGCAAUUGUAUGAGCAUGAACGCUCAUCCUUGGCUUUACAAAAACGCAAGGUCCAGUUGCUGGCUUUUUAUGGAGCUUUCAACUGCAGCUCACUUCUUAAACAGAUUAAGUUUGCUCAGUUGUCAUGAAGAUGGUGGUUGUGGUCAGUGUAUUGAUAGACUAGGAAGUUGUGUAUUUGCAACACUCUAUUUACUGUAGCUUAGGUGAUGACAACAGAGCUAUUUCAAUGGCAACUGAAAUAACUGCAUCCGUUCAGGAAGAUCGUGAGAUGGGGCUGAAAGCACCAGAAGAAGUUAGUAAGUGAGCUCAAAGUUUAAGAUUUUGUAGUGUGAUUGUAUUCAGAUGCACAGUGGGCUACUGUGUUUUAUACACCUGUAACUUGAUGCAAUAGGCCUGCACAAAAGGGCCUCCGGGUUUCUGUUAAAAUGAAACUGAUGAAAGACUGAUAUUGGACUUCUUUGUCACAUAUUUCACAUUAAAAGUCAGUGUGUGGAAUUUAAAAUGUCAUUACUUUGGUGCCAUCUGCUGGUAGAAUAAGAACCGAUCCGAACCAGAAUCAGAAUCAGCUUUUAUUGCCAGGUAUGUGUAUACAAACAACUAAUUUGACUCUGGAUUGUACAUUGCUCACAAUGUACUUACUUAUACAAUAAUACAAUAAUAAAAUCAGACAGAAUAAAACCAGACCCAGGGACAGUGAUGACGAUGGGCUGAAAAAAUUAUAUAAUGUAUAAAAAACAUAUUAAUAGUCAUACAGAAACUUUUAAUACCAGUGUCAACAUUUAGGCUAAAUUGUAGACAUUCACUCCUGGUUAAA